AUGGGCGGCGGGCGGAAGCGGCGGCGGCGCGACGGCUCGGAUGCGCCGUCGAUGCACCCGCGCAACCGCUACGCCGCCGCCGCGCCCGACUUCGCCGCGCUGGCGGAGCUCUACCCGUCCUUCCGCCCCUUCGUCUCCGUCUCCGACCGCGGCCGCGCGUCCGUCGACUUCACCGACUUCUCCGCCACCCGGGAGCUCACGCGCGUGCUCCUCCUCCACGACCAUGGCGUCAACUGGUUGGUGUCACUGGCUAACCCCCCUCCCCUUAUUACUCUGCCUUCGGCUCUUGCCAUGAACCCUAGCAUGAUCCCCUGUGCCGAAUUUGCUGCUGGCUAUGAUCGUUCGCUCCACCUUGCCCAUGGAAUCCAUGAAACCGACAAUAUAGCUAUGCUAGACCAUUGUUUAAACACGAUUUUAAUCUUAGCUACUGUUAGGUGGAUUCCAGAUGGACAGCUCUGCCCUACUGUUCCAAACAGGUCCAACUACAUUCACUGGAUCGAGGAUCUUCUCUCCUCAGAUCUGAUACCACCAAUAUCCAGUUCAAGUGAGAGAGUGAAGGGCUUUGACAUUGGAACAGGUGCCAAUUGCAUCUAUCCUCUCCUUGGAGCAUCUUUACUGGGAUGGACCUUUGUUGGAUCUGAUGUCACUAAUGUUGCUCUUGAAUGGGCUAAGAAGAAUGUGGAGAGCAAUCCACACCUAGCAGAGCUAAUUGAAAUCAGAAAUGCAAAUGCACCGUCCUCUGAAUCUGAAUAUGUUGUCAGGGAAGCUGCAAGGGAGAAAAUUUUAGAGUCUGCGGAGGAUGUAGCUAUGCCAAAGGCACAUAUCCUUGUGGGUAUUGUAAAGGAGAGUGAGAGCUUUGACUUCUGUAUGUGCAAUCCUCCAUUCUUUGAGAGCAUAGAGGAAGCUGGUCUUAACCCAAAAACAUCAUGCGGUGGGACAGCUGAAGAGAUGGUUUGCCCUGGUGGCGAGCUGGCAUUUGUUACACAAAUCAUUGAAGAUAGUGUUUCCCUUAAGAACUCUUUCAGGUGGUUUACAUCGAUGAUCGGCAGAAAGGCAAACUUAAAGUUAUUGAUCUCAAAGGUUCGUGAGGUUGGGGCCUCAGUCGUGAAAACUACUGAAUUUGUACAAGGUCAGACAGCUAGAUGGGGCCUUGCUUGGUCAUUCGUUGCUCCAAGACCAAGAAAAAUGGUCCUCAGCCACAGUGCUCCAGCAAAAAACCACCAUUCCUUUAUGCUUCAGGGCCUUCGGCGUGAACAUGGUGCAUUCCAAGUUCUGAAAUCAACUGAGGCUUUCUUUCUAGCUUCUAAUCUAUCAUGCAAAACUGAUUCGUUAUCCUUUUCGGUUGAUGUCACGCUGUCAGAUGAGCAGAUUGAGGCUGCAAUAUUGCAUGGGGAUGAUUAUGCCGGUUCUCUAGAAGACAGCACUGCAAAGUUACAAAGUGUUGUCAAGGGAAUAUCAUUUCGUAUUACAGUGUUUGAACAAAUUCCUGGGACCCUCCUAAUCAAAGGUUCAUUAUUGAAUAAUAAAGCAUUAUCAGGAACCUUCUCAUCAUUAUUCUCUCAGUUGGAGGACGCUUUAAGGAUGGAAUGCCUCACUAAGUACAAUGCCUGUGGGCCGGUAGCAGUGGCUAAUGUAAUCGUCUCCAAAACUGUCAGCUGUACGAAGUAUGAUAUCUUUGUCCUUUUUGUUGAUGCCAUGUGA